AUGGUCCAAGAUCUCCCGGUUCGGCUGCUUGUGCUUAGGGCCGCCAUCUUUAGGGGGUUCUGUGCGAACCUGAGGAGCGUGGUAAUGCCUGUCAAAGGCUGUCGGCCGCACUCCCUGGACAACUGGGAGAGCCAUCUGGGCCUUAUGUAUGACGGUCCCCUAGAGUUUGUCUUCGUGGUGGAGUCCGAGGAGGACCCCGCGGCAGCCCCUGAGCGAGCUCCUAACGUAUCCCGGUCCGCUCAGGGCCGUGAUGUGCGGCUGGUGGUGGCUGGACUGGCCAGCAGCUGCAGUCAGAAGGUGCACAAUCUGUGUGCUGGCAUCGAGUCAUGCGACCCGCGGGUCGCCCGGGAUGGCGGUUAUAUUAUGUGUCUGGAUGAUGACGUGGCGCUCCACCCGGGUAGCCUGGCGGAGCUGGUUUCGGAGCUGGAGGGCCGGCCUCAUGUGUUCAUGGCGACUGGAUACCCCUUUGACAUCCCGCCCGCCGGGUCCUCCUUCACCACCUACCUCGCCCUGUGCUACCACCUGCCGCUGCUCAUCGCCUUCAGUGUGGCGCCGGACACCUCCUUCGUGUGGGGCGGCUGCAUGCUGCUGAGGGCGGAGAAGCUGCUGCCGGAAGACCCGGGGGAACUGCUGGCGGCUUGGCGCCACGGCGGCUACUCCGACGACCUCAUCUUGGCGUCGUACUGUACGGAACGGCGGCUGGGCAUUCGUGUACCUCCUUUCGCUGUCUUUCCGCAGAAGUUGGAUCCUCGGAUGGGCUGGGCAGCAUGGCUCAACUACCUCCAUCGACAGUUGUUCGUCCUGGACACGUACACCAACGACCACAACCGAAGAACCAACCACACCAUGAUGGUGCUGCACUCGGUGCUGUCCUGGCUACUCGUGCUGCCGUCGCUGGCGGCCCUCGUCACUCUGGUCGACCGAACCGUGGCCGUGACAGCCGCGGUUGUAGCUGCUGCGGCAACCGGCCUGGCGACGGUGGCAACAGCACCCGUCGAACCCACAAUGGCAAAAGCCGCUGGCGCAGAGGUCGGCUACUGCAGUGUCGCCUUCAGCGGCAGUGGUUGCGGCAGCAGCAGCAGCAGCAGGGGGUUAUUUAGUGAAGGCACUGCGGCAUUGCUACAGCCGUUGCUGCAGCUUCCGGUUGGUGUGGUGGCUGUAGUACUGGGUUGGGCAGCUGCGCACUCGGCACUGGUGUUCAUGACGGGUAGGUACGCGUGGGCCGAGAUCCUGGGCUUGUUUAGGCAACUGUCCCCUGCCGCGCCGGCCAUCCCGCUGUCCUGGUUUCGGUGGGGGCGCCUGUGGGCUGCUAUGCUGCUGUCCAAUGCCGUACUGCCGUUGAUCAUGUUGUACACCUACAUCAGCCCCUGGCGACAGGAGCUGCUCAUCAUGACGGCCGCCAGCGGCAACCUCGCCAACCUGCAGGUCGCGCUCAAAGCGGCCGGCUGCCGCCCUAGCCCAGGCGUCUUCGUCGCCGCUGCUUCCAGCGGCAAUUUGAACAUGUGCCAAUGGCUCGCGGCGUCGGAUCCCGAAUUAAUGUCCUUGAACAAUUCGAGCAACGUCAUCAGCUGUGCGGCAGAGGCCGCCCGCGGCGGCCACAAGGCCACGGUGCAAUGGUUGCUGCAGCUCGACAACCAGGAAGCGCCCAACCAGCUAGUCGGCUUUCACGCCUGGACGGCCGCCGCCAGCUCCGGCCAGCGGGCCUUAUGCGAAAUGCUCCUGGCGUACGGUAUUCCUGUCAGCUGUAUGGCGGCCCCUAACGCCGCCCGGGCUGGUCACGUAGGCCUUACGCAUUGGCUGCUGCAGCAGCAUCUUGGAACGGCGCGAGAAAGUUCGUCAGCAGACCGGGCAGAUGGUUUAAGUCCAUUUCCGCUCCAAGCCACUGCAACCGACGUGCUCGCUGCUGCCGUGUACGGCUUCAACCUAGCAGCAGCCCAGCAGCUGCACCAGACUAUCCUAGGUCAGGCCGCCACGGCCGCGGAUGCCGCCCUGGGAGGCGGCGGCGCGCGCGGCGGCCGCCAUCACCUUAGCACCAGGACUUGGCAGCAGCGUGCCGGCGGUCGGGAGAUCGUGUUGCUGGCAGCCCUGACAAGUCCCACCCCGGACUGGCGGGACAAGGUGCAAUGGCUGGUGCAGACACAGGACUGCAGCUUCAGCAGGGCUUGCGCCUCGCAAUUAAAUGCGCUUGCUUUUGCGAGGUGCUGCCACACAGACGACGGCAUAAAAGAGCGCAUGCAGCUGCUGCUACAGGUCCCCACGGCCACAAGCGCCAUGGGUAACCUCGUCCGCGCUGCCGUGCUUGAGGCCAACUUGCCGCUGCUGCGGUGCCUGCGCGACGGCAGGCCGUGGCUGCCAGAGAGUAUGAUCUGGGUACUCGAAUUGGCCGCAAUAGCAGGCAGGAUUGAAGUCGUGUCAGAGCUGAUCGAGCUAGGCUGGCGGGUUCAGCCCGCGGCCUCCUUAGCAGCUGCAUCACGGGGCCGUCUGCGCACCCUGCAGCUGCUGAUGAAUCGGAACAGCGAUGGGGUGGGACAGCAGGGAAGUGAGGGGCCAACGGCGGCCGUGGUGGAGGAGGAGGCGACGGCGCCCUUUCGAGGGGAGAGGGGUCUGGAGCUGGCUGAGGCAGCCGCGGAGUCAGGUAGCGUGGAGACCCUGGAGUGGCUACGGUCGCGGGGAUGUCCAUGGGAUGAGAGGACCUUUGCGGCGGCUGUGCGUGGCGGCAGUGGGGCGCUUGUGGAGUGGCUGCAUGUUCGGGGCUGCCCCAUUGGGGAUCCCUGGGAAAGCCACAUCGGAAGGGCUUGUGACAGAGGCGACUUGGCCACGGUGGGCUGCCUGAGACGGCUGAGCGGCCUAGGGGGCAACUCCGUUUGA